UAUUAUUUUUUUCUGUUGAAUUUUGUUUUUUUAUUUCGAAUCAAGUUUGAUCGUUAAUUUUUGAAUAGAGUCCUGAAUCUCUAUUUUUAGAUUUAUUUUAAUUUUUUUUUCUCUUUAGUUUAUUUUUUUUUUAGUUUAUUUUUUUUGGGGGAUUUUUGUUUUAUAUUUUUGUGUUGAUUAUUUGGGUAUUCAAUCGCGAGAGAGAAAAAAAAGAAACCUAAAGAAAUCGUACAAAGAAACAAAUCAACCAACUUAACCGAGGAGGUAUAAACAAACAAUUCAACAUUUUUUCGUCAACGGAAGAGCAUUCAACACAACACACAAUACAAGACACAAAUAUUUGGUCAUUGGGAGCUAUUCGUUGUAUGGAUCGUGAAAAAAGAUCAGUCAAUAGUGGAGACGAGCCUGGCCAAAAUCAGGCCUUGUUUGAUCCAAGUGGCUUUGCAGCCGCACUCACAAUAACGGAAUCGAGCACAAGUAAUAAUGGCGGUUACGUACCAACGGUUGGACGAUGGGGCAGCGAAUGGCCAAGUUGACUCGCCGAUGCGAGCUUCGGUGAACAAUUACGGCUAAGCUACAGAACUCAGCCAUAUGAUGGUGUCUGCUGUAACCAAUUGGCAUCAAGCCCAAUUGCACUGACUCGUUCAAAUUCGACAACAGCGACGACGACAUCGAUAUCGAAAUGGCCAUUGUUGCAACAGCAACAAUCGAAGCCAGCAACGAAUCAACAACGGUGUCGCGUGAAUGUGGUUGGUGCAAAGGCCGAUGAUAUGGUCACCGCAGACGAUUUAGCCAAUCAGCUGCAGUUCUUACUCAAAACGAAAUGGACUCUUGACAAGGAUACAUAUAAUUCGGAAGCGUUUGAUCAGUGUGAGGGUGCUUGGCCUAUUUCUCACCCAUUACCAUUUCCAAUGUGGUCAAAUAAUAUCAAACAACCAUUUAACGUUGAAAACAUUUGGCAAUAUGAAGAUCUAGUUGCGCUGAUCGAUGUGAUAGUGCAUCGAUUAUUGGAGGAAACACAUUACAAUACGGUCAAUAAUUUUGUGGAUUUUUAUAAAUCAUUCAAGCGCUCCGGGGCAAACGAUUUGCGUACAUUUUUCCAAUCAUAUACACCUCCAAUCAAUCGUCGUGAUCACAUGUGCGUCAGUUUGGCGAUGGAGGUGGUGUCACGCAUUUGUGAGGUUUGCCCCCAACUGAGCGACCAUUUGUAUUUGGUAUCAUGCGAAGAAGCUGUUGAAUCAAUUCAACAGUACAUUUUAAAUUGCAAACAGCUUGGCAUCGAUAGUGCCAUAUAUAAUUUGGAAAAGGAACAUUCAUUGGUUGCAAUGCGAAUCACUGUUGCGGGACGUGAAGGUAUGAUGGUAUUGGAUCCAGGAUAUCAUGUUGCACGCGCUGUUACCGUAAUGAAAGAUCAAUGCUAUCCGCACACCGGCUGGUUCAUUCAAUCACAAGAGCCACAUUUGAAACGUGAAUACUGCUACAAAUUCAAUAAUUUUAAUGAUGAAUUCAUUGAAUGGGGAGAACGAACCACCCGUGGCGAUCAACAAAAUCAUGAGAUCUCGUUAAUUUACGUGAAACGACCAUAUCGUACAGCAAUCGAUGUAACGGUGCGACGUAAUUUGGUAUACAAUUUUCGAUCGUUGUUGUCACGUGAUGCAAAAGGUCGUGUGGUUUCUGGUAUCUAUUUUCCGGUUGCAAAAGAUGGUGGCGAUUCAACGCUCACUCUCUUCUACGAUGGUUCGAACGGACAAAGCAUCAAAAUCAAAUCCAAAUUCACGGCAUUCGCCGAUGAACAAAAGAUUCCUGAUACCAUGAUGAAUCAUUUGGAAAAUUUAUCGAUCCAGAUACGAUUAACCAAACAAGAAUUGUGCGCUCUGCUGAAACAAUUAUGUGAAACUGUAUCGGACCGUGACUUCAUUAAGCAAUUGCUUACAAUUAAUGAUCACAUCACCGCUAUAUCAGCUGAUAAUUAAACGUUUUAUUCUUCGGAUUCCUAUUUUCCGUUUCUUCUUGUCCUAAAAUACGAUUACCCGUAGUCUAACUCUAAAUUCAGAUUAGAUGCAAAGUUAAAAAGUGCUUCAAAAUGCUAUCACUUUAUUCAAAACAACAAAUUUUAAACUAACCUCCUUGCAAACAACAAAAACGACAACAACAACAACAACAAUCUAAUGCUAUCAGCGUGUCAAAUGUAAAAUCCAAUUCAAGUCCAAAAUAAAAAUAUAAAAACAAA